GAAAAAAAAAAAAAAGACAGAAAACUGAAUUGGACGCCUUUUCGCUUUCGGGCGUAUCGUUUUAUCUAUUACGGAUUGACAAGCUCCCGCCAUUCACAGGGCGAAUUCUCCAGAGCUAAACAAGAAACGCAGCAACUGAGUCUACAAAGAUUGCACUACUUGAAGUUGAAGCAGGUUUUUAUGGUAUACAUGAUUAUUAAAGGCCUAUUUAGGAGGUACGAAAGAUGGAAUCCUGUACAUCCAACUCUUGGGGCCUUUUGGGGGAUGGGAAUAGGCAUGGGUUGUGGUGUUGGAUGGGGUCCUGGUUUUGGUCCUGAAGUAAUUGGCUAUGUUGGUGCUGGAUGUGGCCUUGGGUUUUGUGUGGGAUUCACGGCUGCAGGUCUUGGCAUUGGUCUUCCAGCAAAUAUGCUUUAUCAUGUCCCUUACAGUGCUCUCCUGGCCACAAGAAGUGGAGCAGUAGAAUUAAGCCAAUCCAACAGUCUUCGACCCAUAAAAUUUUCUGUUGGUAAUGGAUGGAAUGACUUUACACAGCAUAUAUUUGGGCUGCAAAGAGAAGCAAGUAGACGAUUAACAAACAUCAAGGUGGAUUGCUUGGACAAAAAGAUUAAUUUGCCUGAUAUGAAGAUCUUACCAGCCAUUCCUACUAGGUUUAUCUGUGAAAGUUUAGGAACACUAGGUCAUCGCCUCUCUCAUUUCCACAAAGGUUCAAAAGGUUGACAUAUUAAGCACUAAGCUAUUGGUAUACUGUUUUGUUGUACAUAGAUAGCGAGCUUCUGCUACCAAGAGUAGACUGAGUAAAAACUAGGCAUUUUACCCGUUAUGUACCUCUUCUUUCUUGGCAAUGGCUGGUAACUGUUUAGCAAUAUUUCUUUGCAUUCUUUUUUUGCUCUUAAUAAAAUAUGGUAGGGUCUCCUUGAA